AUGUCCUUGACACAUGAUCCACAUUUCAUGGAUGUUGCCUGGAACUUCAGCCUUUCUGAGAACGGUACAAAUGGAACUGUGAUGCCAGAUACAUCAAGACCUCUGUCUGUGUUUGGGAUGCACAUCUUGGCUCCUGUGACAGCUGUGUGCAUGCUGCUUUUCUUCCUCGGGGUGGGCGGCAACAUGGGCACCUUGCUGGUGUUCGGGCACUUCCAGGAACUGCGCACCACCACCAACCUCUACCUGUCCAGCAUGGCCUUCUCGGACAUCCUAAUCUUCACUGGCCUCCCUCUGGACCUCUACCGUCUCUGGAGGUUCCGACCCUUCCCGUUUGGAGACUUCCUCUGCCGCUUCCAGUUCUACCUGAGCGAAUUGUGCACGUACGCCACGGUCCUGCACAUCACCGCCCUCAGCAUGGAGCGCUACCUGGCCAUCUGCUUCCCUCUGCAUGCACGCAGGCUUGUCACAAAGACGAGGGUGCAGCUAGUGAUCGCCACCCUGUGGGGGGUGGCAGGCAGCACCGCAGGACCCGUCUUCUUCCUCUUCCACGUGGAAGGCCGAGAAUGCCAGCCCACAGAGGUGGGGUUGCGUUCAGGUUUGCUCCAGGCCAUGACCUGGGUCUCCACACUGUAUUUCUUCCUCCCGCUGGCUUGCCUGUGUCUGCUCUAUGGCCUCAUCUGCAGGAAGCUCGGUCGCACACGGCCCAGUCCAUACUCACGCAUCCGCCACAGGCACCACAGGCAGACCAUCAAGCUCCUGGUGGUAGUUGUGGUGACCUUCGCCCUCUGCUGGCUCCCCUUCCACAUCGGGCGCAUCCUGUUCUCCAGUGCAGCAUGGGAGCAGCAAACAGGAGGUGGCAAUGGUGAAGCCCUCUUUGUUGCCUCGCAGAACUUCAAUCUGGCAGCCAUGCUGCUCUUCUACCUCAGUGCCUCCAUCAAUCCAGUCCUGUACAACUUGCUGUCUGCCCGCUACCGCCAGGCCCUGCGAAACUUGCUCCAAAGGUGCUACUCCAUCAGAGGGUCCCCCAAUGACCAGCGUUCCAGCCUGGCCACCUCACUGCCCAUUACUGACUUGCACACCAGUGUGAGACACACUAGACCAACAUGUCAAAACAUUGAGAAGGCCUCUACGCUACACACUGUUUAAUAGAUGUCUGGGCUGUAUAUUACAACUGUACAUUAAGGACUUGUUAUAGAAUCCACUCCAGCAGAAAUACAGCUUCUCUGUCAGCAGUGUGCUCUUCAUGUACAAUUCAGCAGUACAAAUUAAUGCCUUUUAUCACUUCAA